AAUCUGUGCAGGAAUAGCUUAUGUCAAGUGAUUAAUUUGUCAAAAAUUCUGAAUAUUUCAGAAAUAUAGCAAAUAUCCGCAUUUUUUCCCCGGCUCCAGACCGGAUGUUAACAUUAUUCAAGAUGGCAGCCUCCAUGGAAAACAUUAAUCAUCUGAUGAAAAGAAAAGCUGAACUUGAAGCUGAAAUCAAGGCUUUGAAUGACGUCCUUGAUUCGCAACAAGGUGUUGGUUUGAAGGAGCCCCUGGUAGAUCAGGAAGGUUUCCCACGGGCAGACAUUGAUGUCUAUUCUGUCAGGCAUGCCAGGCAUCAGAUCAUCUGUCUACAAAAUGAUCAUAAAUCUUUAAUGGCUGAGAUUGAAGAAGAGCUAUAUAAAAUACAUGCUGAAGCUCGUAAACAGAAAGGUGAAUCCAUGGACACCAAUGAAGAUGAUGGAUCUGUACAGGCCCAAUCCCUGACAGAAAGGUUGUCUCCCUUUGCUGAGGUAGACAGAGUUGAUGAGGGUUCCCCAGCAUCUGAGGCGGGAUUGAAAGUUGGAGAUGCCAUCCUGGAAUUUGGUUCCAUCACUGCCAUUAAGUUUCAGUCACUGCAGAACAUUGCAUCAGUGGUCCAGCACAGCAAGGAUAACGCAUUGAAAGUAAUCGUAAGAAGAAACAACACAGACAAAUCUUUAAAUUUGACACCGAAAACUUGGAGUGGCCGCGGAUUAUUAGGGUGCAACAUUGUGCCCGUGAAAAGAUGAUAAUGGAGAAGAGGAUGUGACGUACAAUAUUUGUUUUCAUCAGCAGUCAAUGUCUCCGAAACUGGAAGUGCAAGCCUCUGGUUCAGGAAUGAAACAAGGGACUUUUUUUUUUAUAAAAGAAUGGCAAAGACGUGUAUUGAUAAACAAGUUACUUUAAACUUUUCAGAAAUACUUUCACAUCUUCUUUAAUUCCAGUUCAUAUCUGAUCGUCAUUAUUUUAAGCCAGAUUCUCUUGGAACCAGCUUUGGAGCCAGAGCCACGAAUCAAACUGUCAAAUAAAGAAGGGCUAUCCCAACACAUCACUGGGAAAUUAGUGUGAAUGAGAACAUUUUCAAUGAAAUAUGAGGGAAGCGAGACAGUCUUGUCGUCUAGUUUAUAUUGCUCACUUGUUGAAAGAGAUCAAUAUUCCAGAUCGUUAGUAGUCCAUGAGUUCUAUGUGCUACAAGUAUUGCUGUAUAAUUUAAUAUUUUAAUACCUGUGUAGUUGGAAUUGUUCUUUACAAAUGUACAUUUCGUUCUGUAAUACUACCAUUCGCAUGUUUGAAAUUUUAAGGAAUUUGUAACUUUAUAGGAUGGGUGUCUCUAUUAAAGAUUUAAUCAUAUA